CCUGAAGACUGACCCUGUAUUUGAAGCAUUGGAUAAGAUAUUCCGCCGCUACAACAAGGCAGGCUUUCAAGUCAAGAUCAUCAAGUGUGAUUGGGCGUUCAUUCCUCUCACGGAUGAUAUGCUAGACAAUAUGGGUGUUACUAUUGACCCAACUGCAGCUGGAGACCACAAGCCUACCGCUGAGCGCAACAAUAGGACUUUGAAAGAAAGAGUCAGAGUAGCUCUUGCACGAUUACCCUACAAAGUGGUUCCAAAAGUGAUCACUGAAUGUCUUGGAUGUCGAGCCGCCGAGCUAUUGAAUGUUUUUCCUCAAAAAGACAGUAUCUCAUCACAUUUCAGUCCGCAGCAACUUAUUGAUAAUGUCAAUAUCAAGUACAAGAGUGACAUGGUUGCUGAACUUGGACAAUAUGUUCAUGCAAUUGGGACGGAUUCCAACAAUUCAAUGGAACCCAGAAGUAUCAAAGCGAUUUACAUUGAACCUACGAAGGGACAACGUACUGGGCACCGAGUACUCAACCUGAAUACUAAGAAGAUGCUUUCCCGACCCAAGGUCGUUGUACUACCCGUUACCGAUCAAGUAAUCAAGCGUGUUGAAGCUUGGGCUGCUGCCAAAGGUGUUACUUCCAUGAAGUUCUUUGAUAAGAAGAGAGAUUUGGAGACAUUUCAAGAUGGCAAUCAAAUUGCAGGAGUGGAUGACACGGAACAAGGUUGCUUAGAAGAAGCCUUUGAUCAGGACUAUGAACCUGAAGAUGAAGAUGAACGUGAUUUCAAUCUACAUGGACAAUUCGAUGAUAUCGAUGACUCUGAAAGAGAAGAGCUUUUGGCAGAUGCAGACAAUGAUGUCGAUGACAUGCCAGAACUCACUGUCAGAUUCCAAGGAGAUGAUAACUAUGAAUCAGACGACGAUUUGGGUGAUGAAGGCGACAAAGAGGAAGAACCUAUUGUGGCCAAAUUGGAUCACCAUCAAGAAAAUAUCGAUAGAGGAACCGAUGAUAUUGGGAGCCUCGUUACUGAUCUGGAGGACCUACAAGAACCACCAGAAGAAGAGAUUGUAUUUGAGCCUGAAACGCCUCAAGUAGCAAAAGUCACUCAAUCUGGGCAAACCUAUGCGCAAGCUGCAAUGUCUGGGCUGAACCUUUCCCAAGUUCCAAAAAGACCAAGAGAAUGGCCUUCGAGCAGGAGUGGCAGUUCUGCCAAUAAGAACAAGAAUCGAGUUGCGACAAGACGCAAGCAUUGA